UCGGCCAUUUAUGUUGUGCACGCUAAAAAUCAUGCAGUGACACGAAUGAAACUUGUGAACAGCUGGUGAACUUGAAAACGAAAACGAACUCCUAAAUGACUACGAAUUUCACGAGUUUUAGGUGACGGUUGAUAACCCAACAUGGAUGUCCAAAGCGUCGUUCCACCGCACAUUACAAUCCCGGUUUUAGCCGUGAUUGUUCUCGUUUGUCUUGUCUUCAUGUUUGGAUUUCGCAUGACGAGUCCGCAGCCACCGAGUUUCGAUUUUGAUGAUGAAUCCAAUGACAAGAAAUCAAGACGCGGCAGAAAAAGAGUGACCUCGAAGCCAGAGAAAGCAAGUACCAAUGGGUCAGUACCAACACAGAAAGAGAACCGGGAGAAAGUAGCACCAGUCAAGACAUCUCCAAGCAGUAGCAGUAGCAAUGCCUCACCCAAGAAGGCUAAGCCAGCAGUACCCAAGAUCACGACAAAUAACAGUGCCGCAAAGCAGAAGAAGACCAACGAGGGUGCUGGCAAACAGCAGCAGAAGGAGGAGCAAGAAGGAGGUGAAGGGUGGAUCACCCCCAUUUCCAAGAAGGAGCGCAAGCAGAACAAGCAGAAUGCAGGCCACAAAGAGGUCACCAGUCAAGGCCCAGCUAGGCUCUCCCCCAGGCCUUACAAGAUGACGGCCUCAUGGGACAGUGCACAGAGCAGCCCCAAAGCCACCGAGCAAGCGGCUGUUGGAGAGUCUAAUAUGACUGCAGAGCAGAACGCUGCCACCCAGACUGAAGAAGAGACGAAAUCCGUAGAAAAAGUCGAGGCGAAGAAAGCUCCUGAGACUGAAGAAGAAGAGACGAAAUCUGUGGAAAAGGUCGAAGAGAAGAAAACUCCCGAGAUUGAAGAGCAGACGAAAUCUGAGGAAAAGGUAGAAGCGAAGAAAGCUCCCGAGACUCUAGCUGCCGCCCCUCCUGCGGCAGUGGAGUCACCUUCCACCACCAGUAGCAAAAGCUCAAGAAAGAAAAAGAAAGCAGCAGCAGCUGCAGCUGCCCUCGCCGACUUUGCAUCCACGAUACCGUCCGAGAAGCCUGAGGAACCGAGCGUGGCCACUGACAGUGCACAGGAGGUACCGAGUGAGAGUGCAGUGGAACCGACAGAAAGUGGGGAUGCGCCGAUGGAGCCUGAGGGCAAGGCCGAGGAGGUAGAGGAGGAGUUCACAGUCACAAAGUCAAAGAAGAGCAAAAAGAAAAAGGGCAAGGCCCAGACUACAGCAUCAGCUCCGGCAAGCCCUGCACCAGCACUGCCCUCCAAUUUGCCAGAGGUCCCUGCCAGCCAGCCCCUUGCCACCACACCCAGUGCCAAACCCGCUAGCCCAGUCAAGGAAAAGCAAGGAACGCCUAAGAAGUCUCCUAAGAAAUCUGCCAAGAAAUCAGCAACAAAAGUAGUUCCUGUGGAACCGAUAAAAAGCAGCAAACCCAAUAUAGCAUCAAGUGGUGCACCAUCGGAGCCUGAUACUAAAGCGCCGUCAGAGCCCAAGACAAAAGCACCAGUAGCAGUAGAAACAGUAGAAGAGAGACUGGCUCCCAAACCCAUCUCUAGUCCAGAGCCAGCAAGCACAGCCACACCAGCCAGUGCUGAGGCAAAAUCAGAGGAGAGGAAAGAAGGAGCAACAGGCGGGGAAACUGGAGAUGCCUGGGUAGAAGCCAAGCCGGUCAAGAAGAAGAAGAAGGUCAGAAAGGAUGUCUGACCUUUGACCUUUCAUCUCUGUGAGGCCCUUGACCUCUGUGUGCCUUUUAAAGAGACCUCUGUACCUGGGUCGUGCCUUUCAGAUGGCAGAGAAACCAACAGAGCUGUGCAAGGAUAUGGGAGACAGCAGUGGAUAAAAUGACUUUGACCUAUGACCUUCAUUAUGACAACCAGCACAAUUUCCAAUUUUUUGAAAAUACCCCUGCAAUUGAACAGCGCUCAACUUGUGUAACCAGAAUUUAAAUUCCAAAGUGGUAAUGGGAGAGCUGAACAAGGAUAUGAGAGACAGCAGUGGAUAACAUGACCUUUGACCUUUGAAGUAAGACAACUGGUACAAUUUCCAGUGUAAAAGAAUGCAGCCAUCAAACUGAGAUAGCGAAGUAUAUUAACAUUAUGUGACAAAUCAGAAAUUUGAUUGAAAUGUGGUGAUGGCAGAGCAAUCCACCAAAUGAGACAGCAGUGGAUAACAUGACCUUCGACCUAUGACCUAUGAUCUACAAGUAUGACAACCAGCACAAUUUCCAUUCUUAAAAGAAUGAACAAACGUGGAGGCGUAGUAGAAUUGUAAAACAGAGUAGAAAAUUCCAAAGUGGUUUCCGAAAUUCACAGAGGAGUGCAAGGAUAUAUCCGUAGGAGACAACAGCAGACAGUGAAUACCGAAUAGCACAUCACAUGACCUUAAAGAAUGCUGCAGGCUGAAAAAUUUCCAUUCUUAAAUUAAUCCUGCAAUUGAACAAAGUUUGAUGUUUUUUUUAUAAAGGGUCAUUCCUCAUACUUUGGGUCUACCAAAUGAUCUCCCAGAACUCAUAAAUCUUUAGUCUUUUUAACUUUUUAACACUUUCAGUGAUGGUUGAGGUCAAACUUAGCUCAUUUAAAACACCUGUAAUAUAUCAUUUGUCACGAGAGAACAAUACACCAACAUAACAAUAUACCGGUAGGAUAAGUUUCUGACCACUUAUGCGGUCAAUUAAUGUGACCGCACAAGUGGUCAAGAGUGGAAGUGGUCGAAGGUUAUAUUAGAAUCUACCAGUAUAUCUUAGUGUCGACUGAGGUUUCGAUUGCAGUUUUCAGUUGUUAUAUGACAAAUGACUGCUAGUAUUUGAAAUGAAUACCGUGUAACACGAUGCUUUCGCGAAUUGUGAAGGACAGUCAUUUUGGGGCUAAAAGCUUUUGCAAAUCGCAGAAAUUUAGUAUUAUAAUCAUUGAUGAUUCAAUUAUUUUAUGGCAUGAAUGUUUUACAAAUCUGAAGUAAUCACUCACAGAGUUUUUGCAAACAUGUGAAAGAUUUGGUUUGAUGAUAUUUAUCAUAAUGUGUGUAUGUCAGAUACACCUCCCCACAUGAAAAUUUGGGAAGUGUUACUGGAAGUUUGUGGUAGUUUUUAAUUGUAACAGAUUAAAAAUAAAGAAGCAAAAGCCUGUUGUGAAAUCAUACUUCAAAAUUUAUUGGAUGAUACUAAACAUUGACACUUAAUUGUACACUAAUUUUUAAUUUAUGCAAUUCACCAAAAUUAACACAUCACUUAAAUUAACACUCUUUAAACUGCAGAAGUAGGAAUUUAUAAAUGUAGACAUGUUACUCAAUGUAAUGGUAAAUUAUCAAUUUAGAAAUAACCUCUAUGAGAGUGCAGAUCUUGAUGUCUCUUGAGGAACAAAAAGAAGAUUUUUUCGCUCUGUAUGUAUAACAGAAGGCACAUUGCAGCUCAUUUUUAAAGAUAAAAAACCCAAUAACUGUGAUUUGAGUUAUGUAGCUUGUUAAAGCAUGGUUAUGGUCGUACAAUAAAAUGAAAGAAUUUCUUUUAAAUAGAUGUUUUCAGAGCUUCAUAGGUCAUACUGGUUCCAGUUUCCUCUCUGGCCCUUGAUAAUGCUAGGCUGACCGAUCAGUUUUGGUGUUGUAUUUGUGGCAUUAAAAAAGCUUUGAAUCCUGCCUCUGUUGCUAUCUGCAGACCGUGUUGAAAUUUGACCUUUGACUUUCGCCACUGGUAUGUCUAAGCACGUGAAAAGGUACAUGUCGUGGUAUUUGUGAAUAAAAUGCCAAAAUAUGAGAGAUGUGUAUAAAAAUAGUAUUGUAUUUCCAAAAAAAAUGUCACAUUCUUUGAAUUAUUCUCCUGAAUUGUACAUUGAGUAGACAAGUACAGAGGUAUAUUUUUUUUCUCUCCAUUUUUAGAAGAGUUAAAUGAAUUGCAUUAUUUUGUUUUGAUGUGGACUCACUUUAGAGGUAUUUUUGAUUGAAUUUUAUUUGAUAUCAUUCCAGCCUGUCCAGGACAUUUGUUCAAUGUAUUAUCAACUGAGCAUCAGUCACAUAGUCUAUAACAUACCUACGUGUACCUAUUGAUGUUUAAAGUGUACUGUUUUGUCUUGAAAAGGGGGGAACUCCCUAUUUUUUUCACACGUAAGUAAAAAUGAACAGCUCAAAAUAACGUCGACCUCUGCCACUGUGGUAGCCGAUCAGAAAGCAUAAAAAGAGAAGUUGAACUUGUUAUCAAUGACAAGUU